GCAUCUCUGUCUCAUGGCGACGCCGACGAUCUCGGACGACGGGUGCUUUUCGGUUGGCAGCAGCAGCGUGCCGAUGAUGAGCUUUUGGUCACCGAGGUCAUCGGCCUCGAGCGACAUUGACUACGUGGACGACGCGCAGGCCUCGACGCCGACCGACUCGACGAUCGACGACGUGGUCCCGACGAGCGACGCCGUGCUGCACCAUGGGUGGCUCUUCAAGCGCGGCCAAGGCGGCUUCUUCCACCGCGCGUCGUGGAAGGCGCGGUUUUGCGUCGUCACGAGCGCCAGUCUGCGCUACUACUCGCGCGAGAACGAGACCAAGAAGGGCGAGCUCGACUUGACGGGCUGUACGCACAAAAGCGUCGAGGUGCUGCCACGGAAAGCGCUGCGUAGCUCGCACCCCACGCUAUGGCGCUUUGCCGUGCACACGCCCAAGCGGCGCAUGGUCUUCUCCGCGUCCAGCGAGACGGAAAUGAACGACUGGAUUCGCUCGAUUCACAUGGCCUUGGCGCUCCAGAAGAACAACUUCCAGGUCGUCCAGCAGGUGCAGAUGGCCGACCGCCGCACCGCGCCCAUCAUGUACAUCUCGCAGCGGGACGGCUUGCGCCCGACCUGCGCGAGCGCCCGCGGCUACAGCAGCAUGGGCCGGCCGCCCCGGCGAGACCCCGAGGUCGAGUUCUGA